AGGAACUCCCGGGUCCCAGCAUCUGAGCGCGUGGACUCUUUCCCGCGUCCCGUAGCAUGCAAUUCUCCCGUGUGCUGGCCGCGCUGUGCGGCGUGCUGCUGUGUGCCUCUGGCCUCUUCGCCGCGUCCGGAGAUUUCUGUGACUCCAGCCUGUGCCUGAAUGGUGGGACCUGCUUGAUGGGCCAAGGCAAUGACAUCUACUGCCUCUGCCCCGAUGGCUUCACAGGCCUUGUAUGCAACGAGACUGAGAAAGGACCGUGCUCCCCAAACCCUUGCUACAAUGAUGCCAAAUGCCUGGUGACUGUGGACACACAGCGAGGGGACAUCUUCACCGAGUACAUCUGCCAGUGCCCUGUGGGCUACUCGGGCAUCCACUGUGAAACCGAAAUCAACUACUACAACCUGGAUGGAGACUACCUGUCCACCACAGCCGCCCCCAACACAGCCGUCCCCACCACAGCCGCCCCCAACACAGCCGUCCCCACCCUGGUCCCCACCCCCGAUCUUUCCAACAACCUAGCCUCCCGUUGUUCCACAAAGCUGGGCAUGGAAGGGGGCGCCAUUGCUGAUUCACAGAUUUCCGCCUCGUCUGUGUAUGUGGCCUAUUUGGGCUUGCAGCGCUGGGGCCCAGAGCUGGCUCGUCUGCACCGCACGGGGAUUGUUAAUGCAUGGACAGCCAGCAACUAUGAUAGCAAGCCCUGGAUCCAGGUAAACUUUCUGCGGAAGAUGCGGGUAUCAGGUGUGAUGACGCAGGGUGCCAAACGUGCCGGGUGGGCGGAAUACCUGAAGACCUUCAAGGUGGCUUACAGCCUCGAUGGCAGCAAGUUCGAGUUCAUCCAGGAUGAAAGCGGUACCGGAGACAAGGAGUUUUUGGGUAACGUGGACAACAACAGCGUGAAGGUUAACAUGUUCAACCCCGCUCUGGAGGCACAGUACAUAAGGCUGUACCCUGUUUCCUACCACGGUGGGUGCACCCUCCGCUUCGAGCUCCUGGGCUGUGAGUUACACGGAUGUUCUGAGCCUUUGGGCCUGAAGAAUAACACGAUUCCUGACAGCCAGAUAACAGCCUCCAGUAGCUACAAGACAUUGAACAUUCGUGCGUUUGGCUGGUACCCGCACUUGGGGCGGCUGGACAAUCAAGGCAAGAUCAAUGCCUGGACGGCUCAGAGCAACAGUGCCAAGGAAUGGCUGCAGGUUGACCUGGGCACUCAGAAGCAAGUGACAGGAAUUAUCACCCAGGGGGCACGUGACUUUGGCCACAUCCAGUAUGUGGCGUCCUAUAAGGUAGCCCACAGCGAUGACGGAGUGCAGUGGACUGUAUAUAAGGAACAAGGAACCAGCAAGGUCUUCCAGGGCAACUUGGACAACAACUCCCACAAGAAGAACAUCUUUGAGAAACCCUUCAUGGCUCGCUACGUGCGCAUCCUUCCAGUGUCCUGGCAUAACCGCAUCACCCUGCGCCUGGAGCUGCUGGGCUGUUAGUGCUCAGUCCUUCCAGCCCAAAUAACGAGGAGGACGGCCAGAGGCUGAGGGGCCUCCUGGCCUUGCCUCCCAGGUCCUGCUGCCUUUUGUGGCUGAGCUUCUCAGCCCUUCCUCCUGACUGCACUGGGGCUGGAGGCAGGAAGGACAAGGGGGUUUCAGAAUUGCCCCUCGCCCUUUCCCUCACCCUGCAGCCCCCCACAGGCCUCCUGCUAGCCCCUUCUCUCAGGCCAUCUGGGGGAGUUGGACAGGUCUGAGAUGAGUAGAGAAGAGUGAAGUUGGGUUAUGUGUGCUGUCUGUACCAACCACCCCAAGUCCUAAACUUCCUGCCAGGGGUUGACUCAAGACUAAAGGGAACCUCUGGUUGCCCACCCCUCUCUGCACACCACACAUUCCUCUAUGUUCUAUUCCAGGAAGGAGAGGCCCAAGCCUGCUUGCUGCCCCUUGGGUCACCAGAUCCUGCCUCUUAUCUCCUGAGACCCCUCUUGACCCUUGCUCUGGAGCCUCAGUUGACAAGGCUGGGCAGCUCUGGGUGGUUGGCGAGCUGGUUAUGGGACCUCUGCUGGCUUGCUACCCAAGUUAAGAAGCAGAUUCCAAAAUACAUUUGUGUUCUCCACUGGA